UCGGUUGAAUUCGCGACGUCGAGGCGAAGAGGAGAAUCCGCGACGUCGAGGCUGAGUUAGCGAACAUGCGCGAGAUAGUACAUCUUCAGGCCGGCCAAUGCGGCAAUCAGAUCGGAGCCAAGUUUUGGGAGGUAAUUUCGGACGAGCAUGGGAUCGAUCCCACGGGGACGUACCACGGCGAUUCGGAUCUGCAGCUGGAACGGAUAAAUGUCUACUACAACGAGGCAACAGGCGGUAAAUACGUGCCGCGCGCGAUCCUGGUCGAUCUGGAGCCGGGGACGAUGGACGCCGUCCGCUCGGGACCGUUCGGCCAGAUAUUCCGGCCGGACAACUUCGUAUUCGGACAGAGCGGCGCCGGCAAUAAUUGGGCCAAGGGCCACUACACCGAGGGCGCCGAACUCGUCGACUCCGUCCUGGACGUCGUCCGCAAGGAGGCCGAGAGCUGCGACUGCCUCCAGGGAUUCCAGCUCACGCACUCGCUGGGCGGCGGCACCGGCGCCGGCAUGGGCACCCUGCUCAUCUCCAAGAUACGCGAGGAAUAUCCCGACAGGAUCAUGAUGACCUUCAGCGUGGUGCCCUCGCCAAAGGUAUCGGACACCGUGGUCGAGCCCUACAACUGCACCCUCUCGGUGCACCAGCUGGUGGAGAACACGGACGAGUCCUACUGCAUAGACAACGAGGCGCUCUACGACAUCUGCUUCCGGACCCUCAAGCUGACCACGCCGACUUACGGCGACCUGAAUCAUCUCGUCAGCGCGACCCUGAGCGGCGUCACCACUUGCCUGAGAUUCCCCGGCCAGCUCAACGCCGACCUGAGGAAGCUCGCCGUCAACAUGGUCCCCUUUCCACGGCUGCAUUUUUUCAUUCCUGGCUGCCCCCUGACUUCUAGAGGCUCGCAGCAGUACCGGGCGCUCACGGUGCCGGAGCUCACCCAGCAAAUGUUCGAUGCGAAGAAUAUGAUGGCCGCGUGCGACCCGCGGCACGGUAGAUAUCUGACGGUGGCCGCGGUGUUCCGCGGCAGAAUGUCGAUGAAGGAGGUCGACGAGCAGAUGCUCAACAUCCAGAACAAGAACAGCAGCUACUUCGUCGAGUGGAUACCGAGCAACGUGAAAACCGCCGUUUGCGACAUACCCCCGCGGGGCCUAAAAAUGUCCGCGACUUUUAUCGGCAAUUCUACGGCUAUUCAGGAGCUGUUCAAGAGAGUGUCGGAGCAAUUCACCGCGAUGUUCCGUCGCAAAGCAUUUCUGCACUGGUACACCGGCGAAGGUAUGGAUGACAUGGAGUUUACCGAGGCCGAGAGCAACAUGAACGAUCUCGUGUCCGAGUAUCAGCAGUACCAAGAGGCGACCGCCGAGGAGGAGGGCGAGUUCGACGAGGAGGAGGAGGGCGAGGGCGAAGACAAGUGAAGAUUGUCCUCAUCUCCGGAAGAUGUUUAUCGAGUGCUCACUACACCUGCCGCCUUCCCUUUCCUCUCUCG